AUGAAAAACCAAAUUAAUCGGUUUGGGUUUCGGUUUUGGGUCAAAACCGACCCAAACCGACCCAUGCUCAGCCCUAACGCAGAGUAUAUGAGAAAACCGACCAAAGAAGAUGUUGAUCGACUGACCACAAAACAUUUGGAAGUGCAUGGUUUUCCAGGUAUGCUCGGAAGCGCUGAUUGUAUGCACUGGCCAUGGAGAAACUGCCCCAUCGCAUGGCAAGGCACUCGUGGCGACAAAGGACACCCCACGAUUAUGCUUGAAGUGGUUGCUUCAUAUGAUUUGUGGAUUUGUCAUUCUUACUUUGGACCUGUCGAUUCGAACAACGACAUCAACGUACUCAAUGAAUCUGAUUUGUUCGACCAGCUCCUUGGAGAUAAAGCUCCUGUGGUCAACUUUACCGCUAAUGGCCAGCAGUAUACAAAGGGGUAUUAUCUAGCUGACGGUAUUUAUCCUGAAUGGUCUACACUUGUGAAGUCUUUCAAGUGUCCCAUGGACCCCAAGACUACAAAGUUCAAGCGUUAUCAAGAAGCUGCAAGGAAAGACGUAGAGCGUGCAUUCGAGGUGCUUCAAGGUCGUUUUCAAAUCUUCACUCAUGGAGCGCGUCCUUUGAGCAUCAACAAAAUUAAACGUAUGAUGUACACUUGUGUGAUUUUGGCAUUUUCCACAACAUGGUUGUUGAUCAUAACAGUCGUGUAA